UACCCUUGUAUAUUUGUGUUUUGGGUGUUGUGAGGUGAUUAAUUUUUGGAUGAGCUAAUGAUAUGUUUCCUUUUAAUCUUAAAACUUUGUUUUGGAUGAUAAUCUGGAAAUAGAAUUAAGUUUUUGGUGGAUUCAUCCUUUUGUAUGGAAGGAUUUGGAAAUCCUUAAAUGUUUAAUCAUGCUGUAUAAUUUUCAGUGAUGAAUUCUUGCUAGUUAAAUUACCAAGGCGAUAGUUAAGCUUGAAUGAUGGGGAGUGGCAAUGAACUUAUCAUCAUUUAGAUGUUACUUUAACUUGUCGUUUUUGUCUAAGGGUAGAAUUGGAAAAAACUAGCCAAUUUAUGUCUUGGUUUCCUAAGAUGACACUUAUUAUGAGACAAUUUUUUUUUGGCUAAGGUAACACUUAUUAUGAGACGGAGGGAGUAUAAAAAAGAAGUUCGUACAUUGAACAAAAUAAAAUAACUUGCUUAGAUUCUUUCGUAAGCUACUUGGAUGCUAAUAAAUUUACUGAUUACAGAUAUAUACUAGGAUUGUGUUUAUUAACUUGAUACAUGCACCUGGACCACACACUACUAGUAUUCCUCUUUUCACAUCUCCGUUAUUCUUUUUUCAUUUCACUCUCUUUUUGUAGUUUUCAUCUAGGAUUUCCUUUUCAUUUCAUUUCCUUUUUUUCCACAACUCAAAUCAUUACUUACUUCAUUCUGUUACAGUAAUCACUUCUUGACUAGUUUUUGGGUCAAGCAAGACUCAACUUGCACUACAAAGAGAGUACAACUCUCUUCCAAUACAAAUUUAAGGUGUGAGAUUUUGGGCCAAGAUCAUGCAACGUUGACUUGUUGACUUUAAAGUGCUUUCCUUUUUCAGAUUCUUGAAGACUUUUAUGUUAUUUUCUUGAGGGAUGAAUUCUUGCUAGUUAAAUUACCGGCGAUAGUUAAGUUUGAAUGAUGGAGAGUGGCAAUGAACAUUCGUCAUCCCUCAGUUUUGCUUCAUCUUCUUAUGUAUCGAACGGGUGCAGUAGUAGUCCUCAGGAACAAGGACAAAGUCUUGAUCAUUUGAGUAGUUUAAGUAAUAGUCUUGAAAAACUCAUCCUUAAUGCUGAUUAUGAUUACAGUGAUGCAGAAAUAGUUGUUGAGGGGAUUACUGUUGGUGUUAAUCGUUGUAUUUUGGCUGCACGAAGUCAGUUUUUCCAUGAAAAGUUUAAGCAGAAGAAUGAGAAUUCCUCGAAAGAUGAAAAGCCGAAAUAUAUGUUGAAGGAUUUGGUUCCUUUUGCCUCAAUUGGCUAUGAAGCAUUUAUGGUCUUCCUGAAUUAUUUGUAUACGGGAAACAUUAAGUCGGCUCCUCCAGAAGUUUCAAGUUGUGUUGAUAAUGCUUGUACUCAUGAUGCUUGCCGCCCUGCCAUUAAUUAUGUAGUGGAACUCAUGUAUGCUUCGUCCACUUUUCAGAUAAAAGAACUCGUUAUGGUCGUAGAGCGUUAUCUCGUCAACUUUGUUGAUAAGGCUAUUCCAGAGGAUAUAAUUCCUAUACUUUUAGUUGCCUUUCACUGCAAACCUAAUCAUCUUCUUGAGCAAUGCAUCCAGAGAGUUGCACGAUCCGAUCUAGACAAUGCUACUCUUGAGAAAGAACUUCCUCAUGAUGUUUUAACCGACUUAAAAGCAAGGCGCCUCAAGUCUCGACAACAAGGGACUGAACAGGAUUCAAGAGAAGUGGACUCCUUGAGUGAAAAGAGAAUUAGUAGGAUUCUCAAGGCUCUGGAAUCCGAUGACAUUGAAUUGCUAAAGUUACUCCUGGAAGAGUCUAAUGUCACUUUAAACGAAGCUUGUGCUCUUCAUUAUGCAGCUGCCUAUUGCAACUCCAAGGUUGUGAACGAGGUACUCGAGCUAGGUUUAGGCGCUGAUGUCAAUCUUCAGAACUCUCGAGGAUAUAAUGUCCUUCAUGUUGCAGCUAGACGAAAGGAACCAUCAAUAAUUAUGGGACUACUUGCAAAAGGAGCAUCCGUUUUGGAUACUACGCGCGACGGACAUACAGCACUAUCUAUAUGCCGGAGAUUGACUCGUCCAAAGGAUUACAAUGAGCCAGCAGAGCGGGGAAAGAAAACUAAUAAAGACCGCAUCUGCAUUGAUGUUUUGGAGAGAGAGAUGAUUAGGAAUCCUAUGAUUGGGUUCAUGUCUUCUUCAUCAAUGGUGUUGGCUGAUGAAUUACUCAUGAGGUUGCUUUUAUUUGAAAAUAGAGUGGCAAUGGCACGAAUGUUAUUUCCUCAUGAAGCCAAGCUAGCUAUGGAAAUAGCACAUGCUGAUUCGACCUCAGAGUUUACUGGCCUUUCAACAAAUGGCUUAUGCAGAAAUCUGAGAGGGGUAGAUUUGAAUGAAUUACCAUCUGAGCAAGUGAAAAGACUCCAAGAGCGGCUGAUCGCACUGCAGAAAACAGUGGAGACAGGUCGGUGGUUUUUCCCUAACUGCUCCGAAGUUUUAGAUAGACUAUUGGAGGAUGACACUCUAGAUUCGUUGAUGUUAGAAAGUGGCACCCCCGAGGAACAAAGAUCAAAGAAGAUGCGAUAUACAGAACUCAAGGAUGAAGUUAUGAAGGCAUUCAACAAAGACAAAGCUGAAAAGUAUUGGACGGGCUUCUCGGCGUCUUCCUCCUCUUCAUCUUCCCCAAAGAUUAGUGGUAGCCACAAGAUCAGGAAAAAGUAGGUCCAGAAUUGAACCUUGUCAGCUUAACAUGAUUGAGCUCCAUAUACUAUAGUGUGCUUGUAUGCUUGUUCCUCGUUUUACUUUUGGUAGCUUGUUUGUAGAGAAGAAAUUAGAGAAGUGUGAUUGAGGCAAUCGUUAUGUAGAAAAGUAUGAAGGAGAGUGGAUUGAUUGUGGGGGUAAGGGUAAGAGGAAUAAAAGUAGGUAUAGGAUUGGUUUUUCUUUCCUUUUUUUUUUUUUUCUCUGUUACUUCUUUUGGAUUGAUGAUUGUUUAGGUUAUGGUGAUAUAUACUAAAAAGUGAUCUAUAGAUCGAA